GUCUGAAAGGCAAAAUCAAGAGCGGCGAGAGAUCACCACACACACAAAAUUUACAUCACCUCCAUUUUCUUCAGAGCGUUUCAGAUUGUGUUUCUUUUCUUCUUUCUGUUGAUUUUCUCAACUUAAUCACUUUUCCCCCUUUCUGUAAUUCCCCGCUUCUCUGAAUCCCUUUCUGUUAAUCAUCUGUCUUUCAAGUCAAGAUUUUUGGGUUUGUUUUUUCAACUCUUCAGGAAGCAAACUUAGAAGAAUUCCUCGAAAGCCAGGUGUUUUCAGAAUCGAGAUCCAGCUUUUACUGUAAAAACUUUUUUUCUUCUUAAUUUCCUUAAAAUCAGCUAAGAGGUUAUUUUUGAUUCCUCAAAGCUGUUUUUUUAUUUUUAUUUUUAUUUUCUUCUCAAGAAUCAAGAAAUUGAAGAGGUUUGUCUAUUUAAAAUCUCUUCCAUCCAAAUUUCUUGUUUUUUCUUUUGGGUCUUAAAUUUUCUGUGUUAACCUACACCUGUUCUUCAAUUUUAUAAAGACACAGGUUUAAUUUUACUAGUUAUGGCUACUAUGAUGGACUUUUUCAGCAGCACAGAGUUUCACUCAGAUCCAUUCAGGGGUGAGUUGAUGGAAGUUCUUGAACCUUUUAUCAAAAGUUCUUCCCCAACCCCAACCUCAACCUCAACCUUCUCUCCUUCUUCUUCUUCUUCUUCUUCUUCUUCUUCUUCUUCUCCCUCUCCAUCUUCAUCAAAUUCAUCUCUACCCUGUUCUUCUCCCCCUAAUUCCUUCUACUCUUCUCCUUCUGUCACUCCUUUCUUCUCAGAUGGUUGCUCAACAUCGAUGACCCAUGUAUUUGCGUUAUCCUUUGUGCAACCAGCAACUUCUCCUCCUCUUCUUGGCUUCAACCACCUAACCCCAUCUCAGAUCCAUCAGAUCCAAUCUCAGAUCCAGAUCCAACAGAGCAACCACCUCCCAUGGCAGAAUCAGAAUCAGAAUCACCAUCUCAACACCACACUCAGCUUCCUUAGUCCGAAGCCGAUUCCGAUGAAGCACGUGGGGAAUCCUCCAAAACCCACGAAGCUAUACAGAGGAGUGAGGCAGAGGCACUGGGGAAAAUGGGUCGCUGAGAUCAGGCUUCCAAAGAAUCGGACCAGGCUCUGGUUGGGGACAUUUGACACGGCGGAGGAAGCUGCUCUGGCGUACGACAAGGCUGCGUACAAGCUCAGAGGCGACUUUGCUCGGCUCAAUUUCCCUAACCUCCGCCACCAGGGAUCCUCCGUCGGCGGAGAUUUCGGCGAGUACAAGCCUCUGCAUUCCUCUGUUGAUGCAAAGCUUCAGGCCAUUUGUGAAGGCUUGGCUGAGAUGCAGAAACAGGGGAAGACAGUGAAGAAGCCUCAGAAGAAAUCAAAGGCGGCUUCGACGGCGGCUUCCAAGGUGGUUGCUCCGCCGGAGGCUCCGAUGACUCACAAGGAGGAAAAUGCAGUUGUUGUUGGUGGUGGUGAUGUGAAGGGUUCAGAGAGCACUUGCAAGGUUGAAUCUGUUGUGAUCAGUGAGAGUGAGCCUUCAUCAGAAGGCUCUUCUCCUCUCUCAGAUCUAACCUUUGGUGAUGUCUAUGAGCCACAGUGGGAAGGUGAUUCAGAUAAUUUAAAUCUGUUCAAGUACCCAUCAUAUGAGAUUGAUUGGGAUUCUCUGUGAAGCUAGCUGUGUUUUGAUAGUGUCAAAUAUCAUCACAUGUGUGUCUUAUUUGUAGCUUUUAGUGUCUCAGGUUUGUGGUUACUGCAAUGGAGUUUUUGACAAUUGCAGGGCUACUAUUUAGGAUUUGGAUUAUAAUUGAUGUACCUUAGCUAGGUUUUUAUAUUUCUUGCAUAGUUUAUGUUAAUACUUUGUAUAAUCCCUCUCUACCUUAGGCCACAGCUGGUUUUUUUCUUGCUUGGCCAAGGAGAAGAUGUUGAGUAUUAAUGGAACUUUAUUAUGAUGUAAUA